UGUAAAGAGUACAAGAGAGUAUUUCCGGAUCCGACCCAUUCGGUGCCCUACCGAACUCCAAAGCCACAAAACAGAUUCUCUCCACACUGACUCAAAUCCCCCUCUCUAUUUCACUGCGCUUUUGCACUGACUGAAAAUAAACCUCCGAAUUCAGAAUCAAACCUCGCAGUUCUCUCGCACUGUACAGAAACCGGAGGUGAAAAGUUUGAUGGCCGACAAGAGUGAAGCUGAGAGAGGGGAGGAUGCAAAGGUGUCAAUUAGCCCUUCAAUUCCUUCCGGUAACGACACGGUUUGGGCGGACGUUUCGUCCCUCUUCCGGCUUGCCUGCAACGAUCUUCGAAGUGAUGAGCUCAUAAGUGGAGAGAAUUUUAACCUUUUUGCUGCCAUGUCUGCUUUAGAGAUAAUGGACCCAAAGAUGGAUUCAGGUAUUGUAUCUACGUAUUAUUCUGUUGAUGAAGCCAUUGACAGUGGUGCUGCUCCUAUCCCAUUGAGCUUUGAUCGAACAGUGGACGUUCAACGUGUUAUUGAUAUAAUGGAUCAUCUUCUAGCUUGUGAGGCAACAUGGCAUAAAGGAGGGUCACUAGCUCAAACUGUUUUUUCUUGCAUCUACCUUUUGAGACCUGAGAGAACGUCAUUUCAUGCUCUGCUGCAUUCUUUUUGUAGAGUUAUACGAACAACUUGCAACACUGUUGUUUCAGCUGUUUCAGAUGCACGCACAAAUGAAGAAGAAGAUCUUUUCACUAUGGCUUAUGGUCUACCAUUAAAGGCCGAUGGAGAUGAUAAAUGCUUAUCAAUGCUACAUGCAGUGGAAGAAACAAUUUCUCGACAACUAAAGGCUUGUAAAGCACCAUUAUCUAAAAGAAAAGUUCUAGAAGAUGUGGAGCCGCUGCAAACUAAUCUUGAUCUUGAAGAAGGGUUUUGCAAAGCUGUUUUAUGCCGCUUACGCUUUCGUAAGCACCUCUACCAUGUGCUAACAUGUAUGAGGAGACCUCAAGGCAAAGGCUUGGAGUUGGCCAAGAAACAUAUUACUUCCUGCUUGUGUGAGCUAGAUUCCAUGCUCAAGUCAGCAGAAUUUUUGAGGGACCACUGUGCAUGUGGAACUUUAGAGGAUGGUGCAGAAGAUAAAACAACUGCAUCUGGUUGUCAACCAAUUGGUUUCGAUUCUACGCUAAACAGUAGGUCAGCUGCCCCAACUCCACCCCGUGCAAUUAAACUACUCAGCUGGACUAAGGCAGUUAAUUAUUUCCAGAAGCUUCUUCAUGACCUAGAUAUUAUAUGUUCCUACUCUUUGGAUCCUGUUUUUGAAGGUGCCUUGCGCUUUGUGGUUGACUUUCAAAAGCUUCAACCAGAUCUGGUGGCUAGAGCUUAUAUCCAGCUUCUGCUGGUACAAGAAGGGAAGCUCUAUGGACGUGAACCUAUGUUCGCUGUGAUUUGCAGAGCUGCCCUUCUACCCGAAGGGGCAAAGAAUCAUGAUGUCCAGAAGAAUGAAACUGUUGGACAAUUAGGGCAGUUAUUAAUCAGUUUGCUUAGAAUCCUGUGUACUAACACAGCGUGGCAAAGGCGUAAACUUGGGAAAAUCUUACAGGACUGGCGAAUAAUAUAUGUACAGCUUGAAUUGGCUUUUAGAAAAGAGUUCGGGGAUAUCACAAAUACUUCAACAGAUCAGAACUUGUGUUUAAAGAUCUGCAAACACAUCCUGAUUUGGGUUGAAGAGCAAACAUAUUGGAUAGCUUUGCGUUUCCUUGUGCUAGGCUUUGAGUUAGAGCUAUAUUCCACCAGUGAAUAUUGCAUGGUGUAUUGGUAUAUUUAUGUUAUCCUGAUCAAACUUGCGGAGAAAACACAUCUCAAAAUGAUGCUGAGCAAUGACUCCACAGGUCGACGAAAAUCAAAAAAGAAGAGAGAUUUCGUGAAGGAUGUGGGAAAAGACUAUCAGAUUCCACCUUCGGUCUUGUUACUCCAGUGCUACAUCUAUAUUGCGGAAGGUCUUAUGAUGAUGCUUGCUUCUCUAAGGAAUGAAAACAAGAUCUUUCUCUGUCUGGGUCCUUUCAACACUGAGCAGGAGAGAUUUAUCCAACACUUUGAGCUAUUACAGAAAGCUUGCCUUCCUGAUCAUGCCUCUUACUUUUCGUUUAGGGAGACUACAGCUCAUGCUCGUUUCUCUACUCUAUCCGAGUACAACUGCUUUAAGGAUGCUCAGAGGAUGGCAAAGGAGCUGCGGGGUAAUUUUGCUAAUGAUCCUGACAGAAUGGCAGAACUUCGCCGGAUAGAGCAGGUGGCAGAACAUAACUGCGUUGCCCUAAACCUGCUUUGCCGGUUAGGCACUCUCGAACCAUCACUUAAAAUUUCCUUUGAAUUCAUUCACCAUCCACACUUUGCUGUUGCUGCUGUGAAGAGGUCUUGAUGAUCUCGAAAUUUUGAAAUCUCUUAUACGUCUAUGGCAUUUGAGUUGUUGAGCUCUGUUUCUGUAGCAUUAGUUUUUCCGUAUUACAACAGUUAUCUCCAACCCCCAAGGAAAAAAAAUGUAUAAUUGUGUUAUUCUGUUAAAGAAAGGUCAUUUUCAUUGUUGACAGUGUACAUUAUAGCAUUUGUUGUGGGAUAAAUCAAACAUUAGAGGUUAUAAAGUAUAUUCAGCACCAGAGUUGGAAUACUGGAUAUAAUAGACGUUCUCUUGCCUGUGAACUUGUGGCACUGACUUGCCUCUGGUUCAUUAUAUUUUGCAUAAUCCUUUUACAGUUAUUA